AUGUCGCAGGUCAACGAAGCUCAUGAUAUCUUGUUGGCUCAUUUGGCGGAACUUGAGAAGGUCGGCCUAAAUGGCAGCAACGCAACCAACAGCUCAGGAACCUGGAAAGGCAUUUACAGCAAUGCCUUCAUCGAUGCUUUUCGGACAUUCUUUGGGAGCUCUGCGUCACCAAUACAAAGACCCUCCAGCUCAUUGCCGCCAUCUGGUAACGUGCGCACCGUGGAGUCAACCGUCACCGAUCGCUCUUCAGACAUGCAGAGUAGAAGUGCAGGAGUGCGUCAGAGUGACCUACCAAUCCCGAGCUACAAGCUGGCGAUGCACUCGAAAAGGAACAGUCGCAUCGCAAGGCCACGCACUGGAGCCGUCGAGCGUACAUCGAAAGCUCUGCUACGUUCACCCAUCGACACGCGCGCCUACCAGUCCAGCAGGAACCUUACGUACUCGCGCAUCGCAAGUCCACGAGUUGACCGUCGGAGAGCACGUCAGAAGCUUUCGCCGCCUUUCUUUAUCAUGCGAAGUAGGCGUUCGAACAAGACUGUGUGGUUCGCACGCCCGCUCUUUGAAGUUAUAGAGGAUGAUGCGUCUGAUUCUUCGACAUCCGAUUCCUUGGCGUCCUAUUCCUCGUCUGCCAGCGGACCGUCGAGCUCUGAAGACGAGAACGUGGAUGUGGAUGACCUUUGCUGGGGCUACGGCUACGACCUCGAGGAUAACGGAGGCAGGAUGGCGAUUGACAUGCUGGACGGCAGGGUGAUCAGUGAGGAUGCGCACGACCGCGAGUGCUCCUGUGUGCCGCUCACGGGCAGGGAGGCUAGGGCGCAGCAGCAGAGAGGCCACCGCAGUCGAGGUGCUCUCCAUCGUUGA